GAAAUGUUCCCUGAGAGCUGAACGUCCGACGUCACUACCGGCAGCGUAUGGGACGACACAAACAUGGAUACAAAUCGUACAGCAAAGCUUGAGUUUGCAGUGCAGAUGACAUGCGACAGUUGUGUGAAUGCAGUAAAGGAUGCCCUACAGAAAGAACCAGGAGUGCAGUCAGUGCACAUAGACCUGGCAAAGGAGGAGGUUUUGGUUGAAACUGCGCUAACAUCUCUGCAGGUCCAGAGUCUCAUCGAAAGCACAGGCAGGCGAGCUGUGCUGAAGGGAAUGGGCAGCUCAGAUACAGAUCUGGGCGCUGCUGUGGCGAUGCUAAGCGGUGCGGGACUAGUGCAGGGUGUGGUCCGUUUCUUGCAACUAUCACAAAGUCGCUGUUUAAUUGAUGGGACGAUUGACGGGUUGACACCUGGAGCACAUGGCCUGCAUGUGCAUGAAUUGGGGGACCUCACGCAGGAUUGCAUGAGCUGUGGAGAUCAUUUCAAUCCUUUCAGGAAACAGCACGGAGGUCCUCAGGACUCUGAGAGGCAUGUGGGGGAUCUAGGAAAUAUUACUGCUGGUCCUGAUGGCAGAGCUUCUUUCAGAUUAGAAGACUCACAAAUAAAGGUGUGGGAUGUGAUUGGCCGAUCUCUAGUGGUGGAUGCUGGGGAGGAUGAUCUGGGGCGUGGGAAUCACGCGCUGUCUAAAAUAACAGGAAACUCCGGGGAAAGGCUGGCAUGUGGAAUCAUUGCACGCUCGGCUGGGUUGUUUCAAAACCCAAAAACUAUUUGUGCCUGUGAUGGUGUCACACUGUGGGAGGAGAGAGAUCGGCCCAUAGCAGGGAAAGGACGUAAAGUCACCGACACACCAGCAGCUAAUCUUUAAUGGUGUGAGGAUCUGUCCUUCCCACACAUGAAGGACUGCAGAUGGAUGUGACUUGCAGGGAAACACACAAGAACAGGAUGAUUAAAAACGUAUCAUUUGAAAUG